CUCACGUUCCGAGCGGCUUGGAGAGAAGAUUGGAGCCAGCGCUCUUGGCGACCCGGCUAAACGAUGGUUUGGGACUCCGUGGCCUUCCGUGCAUCCGGACCCCCGUUUCUCUCCCCGAGCCCAGCCAUGCUUCGUCGGGCUUUGCUCUUCCUUUUCAGCGGGCUCUGCGCUUGGGGUUUUAACCUGGACUCCAAGGCGCCGACGGUUUUGACCGGCCCCACAGGCAGCGCUUUUGGCUUCUCAGUGGACUUUUACCUCCCGGAACAACAGAGUGGCAGCAUCCUUGUCGGGGCACCCAAGGCUGAAACAGGCCAGUCAGAAAUUACGCAAGAAGGUGCAGUUUUCUAUUGUCCCUGGCAUCUUGGUAACAACAGCUGCACAACCAUUGGAUUUGAUAGCACCAAAAGAUCCCGUUCGGAAGAACUCAAUGGGACGCUAGAGCAAAUGGAAUUUAAAUCUCUCCAAUGGUUUGGAGCCACGGUGCGAUCACACGACAAAUCCAUCUUGGUAAGUGUUGGCUGCCAUAAUGGAUAA